UUGUUUUAUCGCACUUUCCUGCACUUUCUCUCUCUCAACUCGAUCGGCAGGUUCCUUACCCUCCGCGCUCGCUCGCUCUCUCUCUUGGAGUCGAAUUUCCUCUCGAGAAAGAUAAUCGUUUUUCUCUUUUUCCGUCUAAAAUUCCCAUCCAGAGAAAAUCUUCAUUGCCGAGGAUUCGAUUCCAAGAGAUCCAUACUUUGUUUCUCGAUUACUUCAUCUGUUCUUCAUAUGGUAUCGUUCUUCAUCACUUUGUUUUUUCUUCUCUUUGCUCAUCACAUUCUAAGGUUUUUCAUGUCCUACUCUUUCUUCAACCGCUCCGGUUACGUUUGAUUGUUUGUUUGUUUUUUUUUUCUUCUUUUCGAAUCUGCUGGUUUGUUUGCCUCUAACUACUUCUGAUUCAGGAAUUUAGGUGAAUAUAGAAAAAACGAAAACGAUUAAUAGUUGAAUUAGUUUGAGUUAAUUUUAAAAGCGAAAAAGAUUGUCGUUGUUUCUUAUUAUGUAGAUACUUUCGACGCGAUUGAUCAUCGUUCCCCCUCCCCCAAUUUUUGAUCGAGCUAAGAACGUUUUUUUUUUUCCGCAAGAAACUCUGAAUUUCUGGUGCGUUGUUUUAGUCUGCCAUCCAAAUUAGGGGUUUCUUGUAAUUAUUUAUCACUUUUCCUUUUGUCUUCCCCUUCUAUUUCAUUUCCCAUGCCUUUCGCCUUUUUUUCGUAGUUUUUUCUUGGAGAAUUUUGGGAAUUUAGGGUUGUAGAUUUAGGUUGGGGUAGGUAGGAUCCGUGAUGGCUCUUAAUUUCUCUUGUCGUCCUAUCUUUCCCUUGCACCAUUCUGAGGACAAUUUAGUUUCUCCAAUGAGGAUUGCCAAUGGUUAUAUUGUUGAUGGCAUUCAUGAGAACAAUGCCGAAAGCUGUGGAAGGCUAUUUCAUCUUGGCCGGGAGGUGGAUGCUUGUUUUGAUCGUGGAAAGGAUAUAUGUUCAGAUAGUUCGCAGGGCCCUGGCACCGAGGACAUUCUUGAUGUUUUACCUGCUGAUCCAUUUGGCAUGGAUAUAAGUACCACUUUUACAGCAAUUACAGGAUGGCUUAAGGACAUGGAAGUGGACUAUGCUGAGUGUGUCAGCGACAGGGGUGGUGCUGGCGAAGGGAACGCUGAAUUAUUUGCAGGUCUGAAUUUUAUUUGGAACAACGCUCUGAAGUUCCAAGCCUUUCCCGAGAUUAAAAGAAUUGUUCAGAAGCCUAAUCCGAUGUGUAGCUGUGAUGGGUGUCUGGAUGGAAAGGAAACUGGCGAUGUGACCUGCUGUUGUGAUUUUGGAUCCAUUUGUAGUGUGACUGAAGUAUCUUCUGCUAAUGACGAUCCUCCUAGCUAUUGUGAGCAGCAGGUUGCAGAAUGUCAGGAGCAGAAUUGCAUCUAUUGGGAGGUAGAUGGAGGAGCUCCUCAUGAAGGCUUAAGCUUUGCUCUUUAUUAUUUAGGUGUUCAGGAUCUCUGCUCUAUUGGAAGGGUUUGCCGAUCUCUGCAUUCAGUCGUACAGGGGGACCCCCUUUUAUGGACGAACAUUCACAUAGAUCAACCAUUGAACGAGAAGAUAAGUAAUGACAUUCUUUUGCAAUUAACUAACAGGGCUCUAGGUAACCUGCAAUGCUUGAGUCUGGUGGAAUGCCCAAGAAUUACAGACGAGGGCCUGAAGUGCGUGCUUGAAAGCAAUCCUAGGCUGACAAAAUUGUCUGUUCCUGGAUGUACUAGACUCAGUAUUGAAGGAGUUAUUAGUAGCUUGAGGGCUUUCAAGUUGACAAGUACCCAAGGAGUGAAACGUCUAAGAAUCGGUGGAUUAUAUGGGGUGACACAAGAACAUUUUAAAGAGUUGAAGUUCUUAUUGGGAAGUGACUGCAACCUCAUGCAGGAAAGUUCUUAUAAGCCACAUUUUUAUCACAGGGGAAACUUUUAUGUAUCUUGUGAUGAUGAACGCGCUAUUGAUAUUGAAAUUUGUCCAAGAUGCGAAAACCCGAGGCUUGUCUAUGAUUGCCCAGCAGAUGGUUGUCCGGGAGGCGGACUUGCAACUCAGGCAUGUAGGGCUUGCACUCUUUGUAUACCGCGGUGUGUCCAGUGUGGUCGAUGUGUUAAUGAGAAUGAGUAUGUGGAAACAUUUACUUUGGAAUUGCUUUGCUCAGAUUGCUGGAAGCCAUUACUGAAGUGUAGAGAGAAACAGGAUUGCAGGGAUCAAUCUGCGCCUGUGGAACAGGAAGAUGGCUUUUUUCUACAUGGCUAGAAGGGCAACGUGCACUUCAUGGGAAAAAAGAAAAAAAAAAGAGAAAAAACCACAAAAAAAGAGCUUCCUUCAGGUUCUCUUUCUGGCAGCUGCCAUGUUAAUCAUAUCAAGAGUUGAAGGGGACGAAGACGAAAAGCCAAAAAAAUAUAUUAUAUAUAUAUAUAUAUCCAGUGUUGAAUGGUACUUUAAGAGAAUAAGUAGCAAAUCAAAUUAGUGAGUGAGGCAAGGAAUAAGACGAACAGUCUGACUUUUUACUAUCGCUGUUUGAUGUAUAUAUAUUGUUGAUCAAGCUUGGAUGAAGACCUCUGUGUGGAUCUAGGAUCUUAAUCGUACCAUUAAUAAUGAAUGGUGUCUCUAUUCUACAAGGAUGUACUCUGCCCUGACUAAGCUCAGCUCUGAGGCUAUCAGAAAAAGGAACACAAGCUGAUAUCGGUCCAAUAUCCUGAGUUUCUGGUAUCUGCAUGGUAUGUGGGAAGUUUGGCGUCUCUGUUAUAGUCUUGGUAUCUUCAUGAAUAAAGCUGGCCGUGGAUGGGAUUUCUUCUUGGCCUUGUACAUUCUCAGGUGCUUUACGCUGUUUAUCGAAGUUGCUUCGGCACCCUUCCAAGCUGCUCGAUAGAACUCAUCUCAACAUUUUGAUUUGAUGCAAGUAUAUCCUCCUUUCGUCAUCCUGCAUUACUUUUGCUUGUGUUGGACUAACCUGUGGAUCUGGACAGGGGGAUGAAAUAAACAAUAAAUGUUAUUGUAUAUGUGGAAGUUGUGUACUUCCUCUUGGCUAGGCCAGUUCUAGCCUAAUUAUCACCAAAAAUAAACUCUCAGGCCUGUUUCUUAUUGUUUUGAUUAUAUAAUUGAACAUCCUUUGGCCUGUUUACAGAAA